AUGAAAGACACCGUUAAAGGAAGCACCGUUAUAAUUAUCGGAGCCAGCUCCGGCAUUGGGAGAGGAGUAGCUGAGGCUGUUCUGACUAAGGAUCCAGCACAUCUUGUGGUUGUUUCUCUGAACCCAGAGAAGAAUGCUAGAGUCGUUGCUGAAUUGAGUGAAUUGGCACCAAAGACCAAAAUCUCAGGUGUUCUGUAUGAUCUCACUGAUGACUUCAUCCACGGCCAGGCUAUCGUGGAUCUGCUCGCUAAGAUCGGUGUAACAAAGGUUAACCAUCUGGUUUAUACUGCAACUGAUCCAAUCCAUUUAACAUCAGUGGUUGAUGCAGAUAUCAUUGAAGCUACUGCGAGAGCAUCCCGUCGUGUAUUCGGUCCUUUGAGAUGGAUCCAGGCCCUGUUCAAGUACGAUCUCAUGGCCAAGGACUAUACCAGUUCUGUCACUCUAGCCUCUGGAACUGCUUUGCAUAGACCACCAAAGGAUUGGACUUUUAUUGCUGCUGGUGGAGGAAGUGCUGCUGUUGUCGUGCGUGCUCUGGCAGCCGAAUUCGCGCCCGUGAGAUUCAAUUUGGUCACCCCUGGUCUGGUUCGCACAGAGCUUUGGGGAGAAAACAUUGCCAUUUGUGAAACUUUAGGCGCAAAGUUGCCAUUGAAGCAUUGUGCUUUGCCAGAUGAAAUCGCCCAUAUCUUCCUUGCUUUGAUUGAAAAUACGUAUAUCACUGGCUCCGAGGUAAUCAUUGAUGGCGGUGCACUUCUUGAUGGUUCUGAUCAUGGUAUUAAACCUUAG